AUGGCCGGCCGCGAGGCAGCGGAGAUCCAGGUGUCCGAGCUGGAGCUGCUCUCUAGCAUGUUCCCCUACGAGGAGGAGUUCGCUGUGACCGACCAGCUGGCCGUGGCAGAACUGAAGCACUACGUGGAGAGCCUGUCUGCGGAGGUGCCGGCUUCCAGAGCGCGGUUUGUGCUGAAUGUAAAGGCAGAAGGCCCCGGUGCCUCCAUGGUGGAGUUCUCUAUGUGCUGUGCUCUGCCAUUUAAAUACCCAGCUGUUCCACCAGAAAUCACUGUGAGGUCAUCACUACUAAACCGCUCUCAGCAGAUUCACCUGAACUCUGAUCUAAAAACAUACUUGCWGCAAAACUGCAGCGGUGAGCCUUGCAUGUUGAGUGCAAGGCAAUGGGUUAAAGAUCAUGCAGUUGCUUACAUUGACAGAGAGCUUUUAUCUUCCUCGGUGACGACAUCAGAUGCGGUGCAGGCAGAAGACAUCAUUUUCACUAGAUUAUGGAUCUACAGUCAUCAUAUCUACAACAAGCAAAAAAGAAAGAAUAUUAUUGAUUGGGCCAAGGAGCUCUCUCUCUCAGGGUUUUGCAUGCCUGGGAAACCAGGUGUUGUUUGUGUAGAAGGUCUGCAGAACAGCUGUGAAGAGUUCUGGUCAAGAAUUAGAAGAUUAACGUGGAAGAGAAUUUUAAUUCGUCACAGAGAAGAUGUUUCUUUGAAAGGUGGAACAUGUGAUGAGAUUCAGAAACUAAGAAGAUUCUCCACUUUGGAAGAAAAGUGUUUUGACGCUCAUGGUCCCAGAGGAAAUCAUAUGGAUUUGGGGCAGYUGUAUCAUUUUUUAGAAGAAAAAGGAUGUGCUGAUAUUUUUCAAAUGUACUUUGGAGUUGAAGGACAUUAGAUUGCUACAGGUGUAACUGCCUAUGUUUGUUAAUUAAUCUUUAAAAGAGAUUCCAUAGYUUUUCUGAAACAGUUGAUCAGCGAAGGGAUUGGGAGUUUUUUCUUUUUAAGAUGAAUCCAGUUUUCCGUGAAAACGAAUAUUCAGUGAAAUCUUGAAUAAUUAAAAUCACUAAAUAAAUGCUUUACUGUAGCUUUAGAUUUUAAAAUUAAGAGUAUGUACCUAAUUUCCAAGCUAGAAAAAAAGUGUUUAAUAAACUACUGGGCAGAAUUCCAGAUCAUGGAAUUAGAGCGAAUAAAAUAUCUGCCUGUGAAGAGAGAAAAAUGAUCGUAGGCAUCUCGGGAAAGGAAUACUGUUGUUUAUUURUUACUCUAUUUGCAUACACUACAUGAAGACUUUUAGUCAUUUUUUCUCUUUCUGUCUGAAAGUAUAUYCUGUCAUGAUCAGGUUUAUAAAAAAUGGAAAAGAGGAGGGCAGCUUCACUAAGGUCUUAGUCAUGUGUGUAGUUUCACUAGGAGCUAGGAUACCUAUUAACAGGAUCAAAGGUUUUUCAUAUAUGAAAAUGUGUACAGGUAAGAAAGAUACUGUGGUGCCUUCACUACAUUUGCAGCUGAGGAGUCCAGUGUGAUGUUUACUCAUGUUAUAGUAGAAGCUUAUCUAGGAUCAGGUUCCUUCACAGUACACUCCAAAACAGCAAAACCGUCCUUACCCUACUGCAUUUACAAAUAUGCAGUGUUUUAAAGUGUUAAUUUAAUGCUACACAUUUUUGAGUCUGAUUUCAACAAGUUCAUAUCCAAGAUAUGAAGGCUAUUUAUUUGUUUGUUUCUGUGCUUAUGGUUUCUGUAUCUAAAUCAUGUACAUAUUGUAAAAUGCAGACGCUGGUUAUUACUGAUGUUAAUAUUGCUGUGUAAACAGUAAACUUCUUACCUUUCAAAUUUCAGGUGUGSGCUGUGUGAGACACCCCUUGCAAUGUCAUUCUGCAGUGAUUCCAUUCACCAAGUGCAGUAUUGCUUUACCUGAAC